AUGAAUCAACCGGCCUUAUAUCACAAAUCACAUUGUGCCCUCAAAGCCGAUAUUGGAGAAAUUAUUGAAAAAUAUUCAAAGAAAUUAAAGUGGCGUAGAGAUGGCAAAGAUUCCCUUUUGGAUGUUGGUUCGGGUCCUGGUGAUGUCUUUAUGGAAUAUAUUCUACCCAUAAUGCCUAAGGGAUUCUCAAGGGCAGUUUGUUCGGAUAUAUCGGAGGAUAUGAAUGAUUUUGCAAAGGCUUAUUAUUCGAAUUGUGAUCAAAGAUGUGAAUUUCGGGUGUUAGAUAUAACCACAAACAGAAGUAUGUCUAAGGAUCUUCUAGGACAAUUUGAUCAUGUAAUAUCGGCAUUGUGUCUGCACUGGGUUCAGGAUUUGAAUUUGGCCUUGCAGAAUAUUUCGAAUUUAUUGUAUGCGGAAGGUGGUGAUUGCCUUCUGAUUUUUAUGUCCACCCACAACAUCUUCGAUGCUUAUCAUUAUACCAGUCGCUUUUCUCGUUGGUCGGAAUAUAUGAAAGAUUCAAAUCGUUGCAUAUCACCUCUGCAUUAUUCAAAUGAUCCGAAGGCGGAUUUCAGGCAGUUGAUGGAAGAAAAUGGAUUUUGUGAUAUUUCCAUUGAUAUUAAAUCGAGAAUUUUCGAUUACGGGAAUAUGGAGAAUUUGAAAGAAAAUGUAAAAUCUGUUUGUGGUACCUUGGAGCAUAUCCCCAUUUCAUGUCAUUCGGAAUUUCUAAAUGAUUUUGUAUCGGUAAUGGUGGAAUAUGCAAAAACGGUUAAUAGUAUUAAUUCGAAUUCUAAAUAUGUAAUGAAAUAUGAUUUAAUUAUUGCGUAUGGUCGAAAGCCAUCAGCUGAAAAUAAUAAAAUAAUCCAACAAUAA